AUGCUGCUUGGUAUGCUACCUGAUAAUUGGUUGUUUGAUAAAUCCAGAGUUGUGACGGCUUUCAAUUUUCCAAUAUCUUCUGAGAUUGAUCCAUUUAGAAAAUUGUAUGACAAGCCUAGGAACAAGAUAUCUUCAAGACUCGAUCCAACAGUUCCUAUGGCCAUCGAUGAAGGCUCGCCUAUCCCUUCUUCUGUCAAUUCUCAAACCUCUUCCCAAAUUUCUCAAACCUCUCAGAAUUCUAUCCUUUCCAUGUCAGCCACAAUUCCAACCUCCUUCAAUAUCUCCCACAUAUUCAAUACACCUAUGGAUCAUAACAAUUUCCAGGUGAGAUGUCUGAGGCCAGUGAAUGACGAACUUGUGAAUGCACAACAUCAACUUCAGGCCAAGAUGGAUUUUCAGAGUCUCAGGAUGCGAAUUGCUGAAAGACUUGAUGCAUUGCGAGAACUGCUUCCAAUAUCCACAGAGGAUGUCGUGAAGAAUGAAAAUCGUCCUGCUAAAAGGCUAGAGGAGGGCUCAAUCAACCCCACCUAUGCCAAGGACAAAUUAGUUCUCAGCUGGAUAAAAGCAACCGAAUCUCUCUCUGUCAAAACGCUCCUAAUCUCUUGCACUUCAGCAUACGAAGCUUCGACCCUCCUUGAAAAGAGACUCUCACCACUGUCCAAAACUCACCUACGCACACUCUGUGAUCAAAUUCGUAGCAUGAAGAAAGAACCAGAAAAAACAAUGACACAAUAUUGCUGGGGUCAAAAGGUGGUGCAUCUGAUACGGCUCUUGCUCGAAAUAUCGGCUUCAAAGAAGAAUCGCUAG